AUCACAUUGUAUUCUUGCUGUCAGAAAAGAAAGGAGUAUAAAGCCUGUCACACAGAAGAGCUCAGAAUAAUCCAGAAAGAGAGUGAGAACAUGGACUGGAUACUGGAUCUAUGGGAUCUCCUUACUUCAGCAAUAAUGCUAGAGCCUGGAGAUCUGAUUGAAUUUCAGAGAAUGGGAUACCAACACUGGGGCAUCUAUGUGGGAAAGGGACAUGUGGUCCACUUCACAUUUCCAGAGUUGGAAGAGGGAUUGAAUAAUAUGCUUAAUGGAGAAUUCUUCAAAGCCAAAGUGCAAAAGGAGCGUCUGAGGAACGUGGCUCGUGUUUCAAGCUAUGCUGUAAACAACCAAUUAGAUAAAAAGCACCCUCCAUUACCUCUUCUUCAUGUGGUAAAGAGAGCUGAGCACCUGGUGGGGAAGAAUAUAGACUACAAUCUACUUAUGUCUAACUGCGAACAUUUUGCCACUAUGAUGAGAUAUGGCAUUGCUGAAUCACAGCAGGCAGUUUACUUUGAAGUGGAUGAAGGUUUUGUGAAGCAGAUAAAGAAAUGGCUAGCCGAGAUCAAUGAGUAGCUUGUGGAUCGGAAAGAAACAAGACCCCUUUUGUGGUCACGAUUUUGUACAUAGGUUUAUUGAAUACCAAUAGGAUAUCUUCUGUGUUAUUGGUUAAUGAAAAUGAGCAUUGGUAUUAUCUAGUGAACCGCGAGUUGGCACAUAAAUGGGCAGAGCCCAUAUUCCCAGAAGUUAAUUUGGAGGAGCUAGAGGAUAAUAUGGAAAAGGACAGGGAGCCUGAAGAAGGAAUAACAACUCCACUAAUACCCAGCCUACAAGCCUCAAUGAGACAAUGGUAUUCUAAUGAGACAACCGAAGUAAAGAGAUCCCAAAUGCCUAAUGCGCAGACAACCACAACCAGACAAAUUCCUCCCAAAUGGAUAAAAGGUCAAAGCAAGAGGCCUUGGAGACCAGGUUCAUCUAGAGUAGGAGGAUGACGUUUCGGUCGUAAAAAGUGGGAAGACGUCAGUGGUGUUCCAUCUAAAAUACCUUUAGAGCCUGAUUAUUGGGUUACGCCGGAAGAUGUAUUGUCAGGACUAGUGAAUGUUUAUGCAUAUACUUUGAAUGGAUAUUGUUAUCUAUCUUUUGAGGAAAUUUAAGGGAACAAGUCUAUCAUAGCUUUCACUAUCCAUGAUGGCCAGAGGAAGCACGACCCUAUGAUCAAUACUCAGAUGCAAAUAAGAUUUAUUAAAAAGGCAUGGGGCAAUGUAAGUGGAUGCUGGAUGAUCAAAGUUUUGGGGGCUGUUCUAACAGUAUACAAGAUUGGCAUGGUUCAAAAUGUAUUUAUGCCACGAUUAAAUAUAAUGGAAAUAGCGUGGCUCCAGGUCCUUUCAAGGUAUCCAUCAUAAUGGGUAUUGUCCCCACUAAUGUAUCCUCAAUAAAUGUAAAAGUCCUCCUCCCUAGUCGUCAAAUGUAUCAUAUUGAACUAAAAUGUCAGAGAUGUAUUGCUCAUUGUAAUAAGGCUCCCGAGGACGUUGUAAAAUCAAAAUUUUGCGAAAUGGAAGAAGACCCUAAAAAUUUUGGAGCAAUAUGCCACGUUUUGUUAAAAACUGAAUGUUUCUGUAAAUGAUACCUGAAACUAGGAAUUGAAACCUUUUGGGUUAAAAAGGACAUUUAAAGUUUUUGUAGCCCCUGUGCCAUACAUUAGUUUCAUGGGACCAUUUGUAGUAAAAAUGGGAUGUAUCUCGCAGUUUGAUGAUAAACCCUCACUUUGUAUUAAAAAAACUGGUUUUAAAAGUUCAAGUUUCUGUAAUUCUUACGCAUACAAAAUAUGCCCGGUAUGUGACCCCUUUGUUAAUGGGAUGGAUGCAAUGGGUACAAGGUAAUGUCUUGCAACAACCAUCUCCCCACAGAGUUAAGAGAGAUCUAGCUGCUAAGAU